AUGGCCGACCGAAGCGACUAUCCAUUGACACACAGUCCUCCUGACAACACUGAACUCGCGCUCUUGAAUGCAUACAUCGAUCAGCGUGCGCCUGGGCCCAAGCUUCGUCACAAGAACCGUAUGUUCACUCUCCUGCAGGCAAACGGAAUGAUAUCGCGCUCCAUUGUCGAACAGCGAUUCCUUUCCCGUGUGCUGUCUAUCUACGCUGAAGAAAAGGCCAACCGAGGCGAAUUUGGCGCGGACCACCAAAUCGACACUGCCAGCCUCGAUAUCCGCUGCGGUCAUGUCGAUGACAAGCCAUACUACGCCAUUGCUACUGUUCCCGCCAAUGCCCUGAUACUUCGUGGAGCCACUCGCAACACUAAGGCUCAGGCAAUGGAGUGCUUCAUUGAUACUGUCCUGCUCUUGAGCGCGAGUGCAAAGAAGGAUUUUGAAGCGCUGCGCGAUGCAGAGAACGCGAGAAAUGCCAACAAUGCCGAAAGAUCGAUUCACUGA